AUGCCUAGUUCUGAAGAUUUCGAUAUGGUCGUAGACAAGUACGGCGGGCUCGAGUAUAACUCUCCCGAAACGCAGAGACUGAGGGAAGAAGGGGAUGAUUUAUUUGUCCAUGUCCACAACUCGGGGGAUAGCGACAGGCCAUCUGUAAAACACGGACAAAAGCUCAUGGCAGGUGUCUUCCUCGCCAUUCCUGUUCUUGCAGCAGUCUUUGUCUUUCUCAUGAUGCGCUGCAAUAAAAGGCAAGAAGCGAGCAAGCGAAACAGAAGACAAGCCAAGAAAGACAACGAGAUUACCAAACUCCAGACCAAACUGGAAGCCAAGCCAUGGAAGUCAGGAACAGACAACCGUACGUCUACAAUGACAACUCGAACCGUCUCAAUUGGAGCAGAGUCUACUUUGGAUGAUAACUCUUCUUAUGGAAUGGGAGAUUCCGGCAGUGACAGUUACCCCGGUUUUAUGGGGAUGGGAGUUGACGGUGUCGCUGGACUACCGCCGCCAGUACCAGGCAAGUGUUCCUUUGGACAUGGCAAGGAUGGAUCCGUCUGUAUCCUCUGUAACGAGGUCUUUGAGGAUGAACAAACCUUUGUCGAAUCCAACAAUCCGCAAUGCGCCCACAUCUUCCACAAAACAUGCAUUGACAAGUGGCUGGGGAUCCAGAAUACAUGCCCCAUUUGCAAUCAACCAUACGUCUUGCAAACAGUUUAG